AUGGCCGACCGCUUCCCCUCGUUGGAGGAGUUCGACUCCGGAGUCCAGACGGAGAUCAAGGACGUUGAUAUCGGUGACAUUCCGUCAGCCAGCAACUUCCUGGAGCGCGAGAAGGCCAUCCUCGGCGAGGAAGCCAACCGGUUCGCGACGGUCGAGGAUGCCGCCGCCAUCGACGCCGGUGACGACCUGCUCGGCGGUGGCGACGUCAGCAUGGCCUCCCCCGGCGCUACCGCGCAGUUUGAGUCUCAGUUCCCCGAUAUCAGCGCAGCUGAGGCCGCAGCCCCGACGAACGUGACCAUCACCGGAGGCCCGUCCAUCGUUUAUAACUCCGGCUUCACCACGACAGUCGAAGACGAGGAAGAGCCCGAGGUUAUCCGAGAGUGGCGGGCCAAGCGCGACGAGCAGAUCCGGGCGCGCGAGGAGGUGUUUGCGAGGCAGCGCGAGGCAACGAUCGCCGAGGCGCAGCGCAACAUCGACGAGUUCUACGAGAAUUACAACAACAAGAAGGAGAAACUGAUUGCGCAGACGCGCCGCGAGGCUGAGGAGUUCUUGGCCAAGCGCGAGGACACUACCUCCGGCGGCACCAGCUGGGAGCGCAUCGCUAAGCUGGUAGAUAUCAGCGGUAAAGGCGCCAAGGGCGGCGCGACUGGCUCGGGCAAGGAGCGCUUCCGUGAGCUGUUGAUCAGCUUGCGCAAGGAUGAGAAUGCUCCUGGUGCCUCGGGCUACUGA